UAAGAAUCAGUACAGGGUGCUGCUUUGCAGUGUGUCUAAGGGUUGUUUUGGUUUUACUUUUGUUCUCAAAGGGAAUAGUCUGGACUGUUGUAUAAUUUAUAUUUAUGUAUGCAAGUCUUUUUUUUUUGCCGUAGGAGGAUUCUAUAAUGUGCACGUCGCGGUGAGAAUCGUCGAAAUCAUUAUUUGGGUCGUCAUUGUCUGCUGAAACAUCUUGAACAUACCAGACGCAGAACGAAAAUAAUUCUUUCAGCAUGGCAUUUCGACAUGGACGAAAGUCAUUUAUUAGAGAAGCAUAUGAAGAGCGCUUCUUACCAGCGGACGCAAGAGAGGUGACAGUUCAGCGGGUUGUAAAUAUUGUCGAAAAGAGGUCCCAUGUGUCACGACCGGGCAUGGAAUUAGAGAGAAGAUUUAAUGAUGACCAGUGGUAUGGUGGUCCUCGAGAUUACCAUGAAGGAAGAGGGUAUUCCGAUGAAGGCGGUUAUUCAGCCAGUGAUCAACGAUGCUUUGAUGAAAAUCCCAACUUUGGCAGUUUCCGCAGAAAUUCCUCGCCCCACCGAAGUGAGGGCCCAUAUUCUCAGCAGUGUUACAGCAGAGAUGAUUUGAGGCAUCAGUUAAGCUCAAGAAAGAGUGGUAGAGGAUCCCAUUUCCGCAACAGAGGUCGGGGAGGCCCUUCUCAAAGAAAGGACCAUGAUGACUAUAGGAACCCUCAGCCUACAGUUAUCGUACGGGACCGCUCUCCUGCAAGGAGGGAAGGCCAGCCACCUGUCCGCUCUGGAUCAAACACCAAAACCAGGAACUUCUCUCCUGACAGAGACAAAAGCUACACCUAUCAGCAGGGACAGCAGAAGCAUAAACCCAAUUUGGUGACAAGCCACACUCCCAGCAGCUCGGUGGAGGGGUCUCCUCGUAGUUCAGGAUCUUCAAAGGAAAAAACUUCAGCAUCUGCAGCGGAGUCGGAAGAGGUGGCGGCUGCCAGCAUGGAGCCAAAGCUGACACCAGAGCAGGACAUCAAGGCUCGCCGGUUGGAGGCCAUUAAGGCUAAGGCUCUGGAAAUUGAGACGCAUUACAGACAGGACUGUGAGACAUUUCGCACAGUGGUGAAUAUGCUGGUGGAAAAAGAGCCCAGUUUGGAUAAAAUGCUGCAAGCGCCACUAGAUAAGAACCUGCUGGAGAUCAAACAGCGCUGCCUAGAUGCUCUCAGGAACUUUGUGAAGGAGCUGGAUGAAGUAAUAGAGCAGCCUGACACCUAAGUGUAAACCACACAUUACAAACCGGGCGAGGAGGGGACAGAAUGGAGCAUCAACACCUUCUGUUUGAGUGGAAAAAUGUUCAGCAUAAAAAUAUAAGAGUUUAUAAUAUUUUACAUUUUUAUAUUUGUAUCAUGUUCUAUAUUCAAAGAAUAAUAAAGGCAAUGCAUUUACAAAAAAACACUCAUAUACAGUAUUAUGCACAAAGAGGAUCUACUGUGAUGGAAAGGAGGCUGUAUAAAACUAAACUGAAUAAGUGAAAUCAGAAAUAGCUUGUGAACUGACAUAUAACUCUAAAAUGCUUUUUUUUUUUUUAACCAUUAAUUGUAUUGCCAGAGAAGUAAAAAUUCCAUUUAUAAUUGAUGUAAAGCCAAAUGUUUGAGCAUUUACACCAACUAGGGGCUUGAUUAGCAUUACUGUUAAUAACAGACACCAAUUCAAACACAGGCAUUGUCCAACAGUUAUCAAAGGGUCCAAGUUUAUGUAGUGCUUUUUCCUGUGGCAGGAGACUGCAUUUUUAGAUCAUGCAUUAUUGUUUAAUUUUGUGUUGAAAUAAAGCUCUUGUGAAUAUCA